GGAAAAAUGGCUCUCAACAAGCUAAGCAUUGAAAACGUCGAUCUGAAGGGCAAACGGGUGUUUAUGCGUGUCGAUUUUAAUGUCCCAAUCAAGGAGGGCAAAAUUACCAGCAAUCAGCGUAUUGUGGCCGCACUCGACAGCAUUAAGUUUGCGCUCGAAAAGGGUGCGAAAUCGGUUGUGCUUGCGUCCCAUCUUGGGCGCCCGGAUGGCAACAAGAACGUGAAGUAUACGUUGGCCCCGGUUGCGGACGAGCUAAAGAAGCUUCUUGGGCGUGAUGUAACGUUCCUGAACGAUUGCGUCGGUGCCGAGGUGGAAGCGGCCUGUAAGGAUCCGGCGGCCGGGUCGGUUAUUCUGCUGGAAAAUGUCCGCUUCUACGUGGAGGAGGAGGGCAAGGGUGUGGACGCUAGUGGCAAUAAGGUCAAAGCCGACAAAGAUAAGGUGAAAACAUUCCGCGAAAGUUUGGCCAAGCUGGGCGAUGUGUACGUGAACGAUGCUUUCGGUACGGCUCACCGUGCCCACAGCUCGAUGAUGGGCGAGGGUUACAGCCAGCGGGCGGCCGGUUUACUGCUCAACAAGGAGCUCCGUUACUUCUCGCAAGCCCUGGAUAACCCACCGAGGCCGUUCCUGGCCAUCCUGGGCGGUGCCAAGGUUGCGGACAAGAUUCAACUGAUUGAGAACCUGCUGGACAAGGUGAACGAGAUGAUCAUUGGCGGUGGCAUGGCGUUCACCUUCCUCAAGGUACUAAACAAUAUGGAGAUCGGCGGUUCACUGUUCGAUGCCGAAGGCGCCAAAAUCGUGCAGAACCUCGUCGACAAGGCCAAGAAGAACAAUGUGCAGCUUCAUCUGCCGGUUGACUUCGUGACCGGUGACAAGUUCGCGGAGGAUGCAGCGACCGGUACGGCGACGGUUGAGGGCGGCAUUCCGGCCGGUCAUCUUGGGCUCGACAUUGGGCCAAAGUCACGUGAAGCAUUCGCGGCCCCGAUCGCCCGGUCGAAGAUUAUCGUCUGGAACGGACCGCCCGGUGUGUUCGAGUUUCCGAACUUUGCCAACGGUACGAAGUCGCUAAUGGAUGGCGUUGUGGCCGCCACGAAGGCGGGUACGGUGUCGAUUAUUGGCGGCGGUGAUACGGCUUCGUGCUGCGCUAAGUGGGGCACCGAAUCGCAGGUGUCGCACGUCUCCACCGGUGGUGGCGCAUCGCUGGAACUGCUCGAGGGCAAAGUGCUGCCGGGUGUGGACGCACUCAGCAGUGCGUAA